CACACCGGGAGGACUUCUCCCUUCACCCCUGGGAAGGAGGCCCGAGAAAGAUGCUUGUGUGGCGGCGGGUGGGGGCCCAGAGAAUGAGGAACCGGAGCACCCGGCCCUCCCACUGGCUGCAGACCUCAGCUGGGUGCGGUGCGGGCUUCCAGCGCAGCCAUGUCGCUCCUCCUGCUGGUGGUGUCCGCCCUGCACAUCCUCAUCCUCAUCUUGCUGUUCGUGGCCACUCUGGACAAGUCCUGGUGGACUCUCCCCGGGAAGGAGUCGCUGAACCUCUGGUACGACUGCACGUGGAACAAUGACACCAGAACAUGGGCCUGCAGCAACGUCAGCGAGAACGGCUGGCUGAAGGCGGUGCAGGUCCUCAUGGUGCUCUCCCUCAUCCUCUGCUGCCUCUCCUUCAUCCUGUUCAUGUUCCAGCUGUACACUAUGCGGCGAGGAGGGCUCUUCUACGCCACCGGCCUCUGCCAGCUUUGCACCAGCGUGGCGGUGUUUACUGGGGCCUUGAUCUACGCCAUUCACGCCGAGGAGAUCUUGGCGAAGCACCCGCGAGGGGGCAGCUUCGGUUACUGCUUCGCCCUCGCCUGGGUGGCCUUCCCCCUCGCCCUGGUCAGCGGCAUCGUCUACAUCCACCUGCGGAAGCGGGAGUGAGCCGCGCCCGGCUUCCCCCAACCCGCCCGCUCCCGGCCCCUCCGUCUCACCCGGAAGCCCCCGCGCGUCCUCCAGAAAAUAAAAUCGUCUGGCC